AGUAACGCCCCUCUUACAAAUUCAAAGAAAAGAAAAACGGUCCUGCAUCUGCAAGCACCGUGAUACCAGAGAAGAUAGCAAGUAAAAAGGUAAGACCACAACUUUUUAAUUUCUCGUAUAAAUUUAUAUCAGUAUAUUAAUGAUAGUACAAUUCAUAUUUAUUUUUAGAUUAUUUUUACCACCGAAGUUUUAACGUUAGUUUGCAUUGGAAAGUUAGCCUAAAUAAAACAGUCUGAUAAAUGUUGUUUUUACAUUUAUUUCAUUUUUUUAUUUUGUCCCAAACUAUAAAAAGGCUGUGAUUAAAUAGUGGCCGUAUUGCGAUCUUAUUUUCUGCCGGUUUAGCGCUCGGACUGCCGCCACCACAAAUUUUCUUAAUAUUUCUCUCGUUAACAUGUAAAGUUACAUCACUGUGCCAUUGUCCAUUUCCGUUUCGUUGCAUCCAGUAACAUUCAAAGACAAACGUCCGAAAUGCGGAACAAAACAGCGCUAGUUUGCUCGCCGCACGGACCAUUCAGCUCGGUCCACCAUCAGACAGUACUGCAAUUCGCUGCGAGAUCCAGGGCACCAAGUGACCAAGAGCACACAAUGGAAGGUCAUGAUAUCCUUAGCAAGGAUCGCCCAGGUGUUGUACAUAUCAAUUGUCAGGCACUCACGAAAAUACUGGAUGGAUCUAAAAGGGCAAAGAGCCACUAUUUUCUCAAGAACAACAUUUUGGAAAGGGCAACAGAGGUGUUUGGAGUGUAUCUCGAGAAUGGCAAUCACUGGAGCUUUUUUCAUUGCAAUGUUGACAGAAGGUGCAUCACCUACUUUAACUCACUUGGAGAGACAGAGUGGCAAUGCCAAGCAAUUGCUCAGCACUGGUCUGCAUUUGCAGCCUCAAGGGGAGUAAAAGGAGAGUGGGACCUCAAAACCACAAAACAUAAUUUGCAAACCGAUUCAGUGUCAUGUGGUAUCCACACACUUGCAUUUGCCACUGAAUUUCUGAAGGCUGGUGGCUUUAUAACCUCCUUCCAGUGCCCUGUAAUACAACAGGAAAGAAUGCGCCUGUCCUCACUUUUGUUUGAAUCUUUAGAUCGAACCAAAAAAUGUGGAAUUUGUGCCAAAAAUAUUUCAGGAAGAAAGAAAAUGGCAUGUACCUGUGGGGCAGUGCUGCAUGUACUGUGUGCAGCCACACCCAUGUGCUACAUAUGUCAAGAAGACAGCAACCCAUUGGCCCAAAUCUCUUUGCCUGCAUCAGAUACUGCAGCACACGCAGCUGACCCAGACGUGUUAGUUGAGACCUCUGGAUCUGAUGAAGGCUCUGCACUACAACAGGAAGAGAAAGUUAUAUCCAUGUUGGAGGCCAUAGGUAAACCUGUGGCCUGUUGCAGCGAGGAAGAGAUGGAGGAAACCAAGGAGGAAGAGAGGCAUAAGCACAAUGGAGAAAGACAUAGGGAACACGAGGGAGUGCAGGAAAAAGAAAAGAAAGUGUAUAAAGUUUUAGGAAGGCUAACAGCACAAGGAAAGACCUACCAGGUAGAUGAAGAUGAGCUGAAGAGAAGAGUCAAAGGAGAAAACAUGUCCACAAACAUGUUCAGAGCGUUAAUAAGGGUUGGCAAAAAAGAUGUUCCACCCAAUGUGCUGCAGCAGCCUAGAAAGGCAAAGACAAAGGUGACGAUAUUCAGCACUUUACAGAGGGAGAGGCGGAAGACCUUGCCAAGGGGUUUGGAAUGGCACUGACCAAACAUGUGCCAAAAGACCAACUACUUUCUGGGAUACCUGAAGAGGACAUCCCAGCAACACUGAGAACCAUUGAACAAAUGAAGCUUAAUGUGCAAAACCUUGGCCCUGAAUCAGAGCUGGAUUUGGCCACUCACCGCUUUGGACCUACAGCCGCUGAUUUUUUCUUUUCCUUUUUAGAGGACUGUAUGAAAAAAACUCAGCACCCAUAAGGGGCACACAUAUACUAAUGUGGAAGUCACAUCAUACAAAUCAGUUCAGAUUUGUAAACAAAAACAGGAAAGUUCAGAUUACUUGAUCAUAAUUUGAUUUUUAUUUCAUUCUAGACCAAUACAAAAUACAAAGUUUUAUUUUUUUAUAGUAAAUAUAUAUUGGAUUACUGAAGGUAACGGAGAUGUAUUAGAUAACAAAUACAAAGUUUGAUAAAAAUGGCAAAAAUAUGCACUUGAAUAAAACAUUUCUUUUAAACUUUA